AUGAAGUUCCGACAAGCAUGCUCCCGCUUCACGGUAUUCACAUUCCUUUCAUUGGCAAAAUCCUCUCCCAACUCGACGUAUACAAACCCCAUUCUUCCUGGAUGGCACUCGGACCCAAGCUGUGUCUUUGUCCCUGAAGAGGACAACACAUUUUUCUGCACAACCUCAACCUUUCUUGCCACUCCCGGACUUCCUAUAUACGCCAGCAAAGACCUGCUUCACUGGAAGCCAAUCAGCAAUGUGGUUACUCGUCCUGAACAGGUGCCUGAGAUCACAAACAGCACCUCUCAAACCCAGCAGGACGGUCUCUGGGCAUCGACGUUACGAUACCACCAUGGAGUAUUCUAUCUUAUCACCUCAUACGCCCAUCAGUUUCCUACUUUCGGCGUAAACACAGGGUUACUCUUCACCUCAAGAGAUAUCUACUCCGAUGAUGCGUGGGGUGGCCCUAUUAUGCUUAAUAUUAGCGGCAUAGAUCCGGACCUGUUCUGGGACGACGAUGGCACAGUAUAUGCCUCGACCGCGGGUAUUACACAACAGACAAUCGACCUGGAGACAGGGGAUUUAGGACCAGAGGUCAAUAUCUGGGCUGGGACCGGUGCCUCAAUUGUAGAGGGUCCACAUAUCUACAAGAAGGAUGGCUGGUACUACCUCAUUGCUGCAGAAGGGGGUACGGAGCUUGGUCACCAUCAAACCAUUGCACGAUCAAGAAAGGUUACGGGCCCGUAUCAGGGGUAUUCUGGGAACCCAAUCCUCACCAAUCGAAAGACCACAGCAUACUUCCAGACCGUUGGUCAUGCCGAUGUCUUCCAGGACAGUCAUGGUAACUGGUGGGGUACUGCAUUGGCCACCCGCUCCGGUCCAGCCUGGAGGAUCUACCCUAUGGGCCGGGAGACAGUGCUUUUCCCCGUGAGAUGGGAGGAGGGGGGGUGGCCAAUUCUUGAGCCUGUACAGGGGCGCAUGUCUGGAUGGCAGCUGCCGAAUCCUUCCAACAACAGUAUCGGCGGAAAUGGAGCAUAUGCCGAUGCUCCAGAUAACAUCACCUUUGCCCCCGGGACUCUCAUCCCUCAACACUUUCUGUUCUGGAGAUUCCCCGAGGAGGGUACUUUCACAGUCUCACCACCAGAGUACCCAAACUCUCUCCGUUUGUUUCCUUCACUUCAAAAUCUCACGGGAACCGGUAUUCCUGGCGUCGGUGUUGAAGAAACGGCCAUCUCGCUUGUUGCACGUCGUCAAAGCCACACCUAUUUCAAUUACACCGUGGAUGUGUCAUUCGCUCCCACAGCUGAUGAGGAGGAAUUCGGUGUGACUAUCUUCCUGACCCAAUACCAACAUAUUGAUCUAGGAAUUGUGCUCCUCCCACUACCAUCAAAUGGAACCCUGGUUCCACACGUCCGUUUCCGAACAACCCUACUAGAUGACCUGAAGAAACCUGCAACCCAAAAUGUGGCCGUGCCAGAGACCAUCGUCAAGGCCCUACCGCUGUCAUCUAAGACAAAGAUCAGAGCCCAAUUGCAGAUCCAGGCAAAGGAGGACUCGCAUUACGUCCUGACAGCUGUGUUCCCCGAGUUCAACCACCUCAGGUUCAGUCAGACCGUGGAAGCUGUGCUAGUCAGUGGCGGGACGGGAAGAUUCACAGGAACUCUUCUUGGGGCAUACGCUACACGGAAUGGAGGACCUGGGUCUACACCGGCGUAUAUCACUCGAUGGCAAUAUCAAGGUCUGGGACAGAAAGUAUCCUGA